AUGAACAUAUUACGUCUUCUUUUCAAGUCAAAACAAUCGCAUCCGAAACAUGCAGCCGCAAAGCAAACUGAUCGAGGAGUAAACGAAAAUAAAGCUGCCAUGAACGAAGCACCAAAAGUAUCGAAGGCUGUUGCAGCAAUGAAAGCAUUUGCGGAACAAACAAGUGCAUUAGGUCUUGAAGGAUUGCGAGAUAACUUUUGCAAAUUACGCGCACGUGGGCCACAUCCAAAUAAUUUAACCUUUAAUGCCCAGAAAAUGAAUCGUACCAAAUGUCGAUAUCACGGUAUGCAAAUGAAAGUUGCGAAACAACUUCAACACAUAUUAAAUUAUCACACCAUUGAAUUACUAGAUUAUUUUACUGCUGCGUUACUGAAUUAUUAUAUUGCUGCUUUACCGCAUUAUUAA